CCCUGCAUUACGGCCUGGGAGUCCCCGCCCCGCCCCCUUCAUUCUACAGACAGGAAGAACAAGAUGGCGGCGGCCGAUGGCGACGAUUCGCUGUAUCCUAUUGCCGUGCUCAUCGACGAGCUGCGUAACGAAGAUGUUCAGGUGAGACGGAGUAACCGAGCGAGCUGCGACCGGCACCGUGCGGGGGGGAGGAGGGGGGAAACACGGGAUUAAUGGCGGGACUGCACUCACUGCUGGGGCCUCCCUGGGGAGAGCAAGGCCUACCCACCUACAUACAUACCCCCUCAUAGAGGACCCACCUACAUACCCACCUACCUACAUACGUACCCACUACCUACAUACCCCCUCAUAGAGGACCUACCCACAUACCUACCCCCUCAGAGAGGACCCACCUACCCCCCACCCUCAUAGAGGAACUACCUGUCACCCCCCAAUAGGGCCCACACAGAGAAUGGCAGGACCUACCUACCUGUCACCCCCUCAUAGGGCCCACACAGAGAAUGGCAGGACCUACCUACCUGUCACCCCCUCAUAGGGCCCACACAGAGAAUGGCAGGACCUACCUACCUGUCACCCCCUCAUAGGGCCCACACAGAGAAUGGCAGGACCUACCUACCUGUCACCCCCCCAUAGGGCCCACACAGAGAAUGGCAGGACCUACCUACCUGUCACCCCUCAUAGGGCCCACACAGAGAAUGGCAGGACCUACCCCCAUAGAGCCCACACAGAGAAUGGCAGAACCUACGUACCUGUCACCCCCUCAUAGGGCCCACACAGAGAAUGGAAGGACCUACCUACCCACUAGAGGACCUACCUGUCACCCCCUCAUAGGGUCCACACAGAGAAUGGCAGGACCUACCUGUCACUCACUAUAGAGAGCCCACACACAGUCUGCAUGCUCCCUGGGUAUGUCAGGGCCUAUCUACUCUCUAGAGGGCCUGCCUGUCACCCCCUCAUAAAGAGCCCACACACAAUCUGAAGGCAGGACCUACCUGUCACUAACUAUAGAGCCCGCAUACAGUCUGAAUGGCAGGACCUACCUGUCACUAACUAUAGAGCAGGCUCAGGUGGACUGCUUCCACCGUAGAGGAUGGCAGGUAAUUAACAGACUCGGGUAGCUCCAGAUGUAAUCAGGUUCCAGAUACAACAAUGUUAAAAAAAAAGUUGAUUUAUUUUAGGCACAAUUGCCAAAUUAAAAUCAAAUAUAUAAAAUAUGGAUCCAUAUUUUAUAUAUUUGAUUUUAAUUUGGCAAUUGUGCCAUGCACAUUCGUCGGAAGAGGGAGGAGAGUCCCCAGCGCUAGAGAAAGGUAAACGUUUAAUCCCCUCCUCCCUCUGGAGCACGGCGCGGGGGGCCGGGGGGGGGCACCUAUUAACACUAUAGUGCCAGGAAAACAAGUUUGUUUUCCUGGCACUAUAGUGGUCUUUUAAUUCGGACCUAAAGCUGUUCGCUAAGGUCAUGGUGCUGCGAAUUGCAAAAUUCCUCCCUGACUCACUCGGACCAGGUUUGAUUCAUACCUGGAAUAGAAGGACGAGACAACACUAUCAAGGCUAUUGAUAGUCCCCCCUCCUGUUUGCCCUUUCCCUUUAACCCUUCCUGGGGGCGGUCAGACGGGAUGGGGACAUUAUGGGGUUCACCCUAGGACGCAGAGAAUACCGCAUCGCAGCAUACACGGAAGACAUGCUGUUCUUCCUUGCACAACCAACAGUCUCCCUCCCCAAUCUCCUGGUGGCCUUCAGACGAUUUGGAGCGAUCUCCAAUCUAAAGCUCAACAUGCAUAAAUCGGAGGCGCUCCUCCUGUCCCCAGCCCAUGCAAUGACUCCGCACACAGUACCAUUUUAAAUGGUGCGAUGCCAAACACCGAUACCUUGGAAUCUGGCUCCCGAAAUACCUCACAGCUCUAUCAACACAAUUGCCUCGCAUUGCUCCAGUCGCUGCAAGCAGACCUCCAAAAAUGGACACCCACAAUACCUUUCAGGGUUUGGCCGCAUCAUUGCGGUCAAAAUGAACAUCUUUCCCAGGAUAUUAUACCUGUUUUAGAUCAUCCCAAUAACCAUAUCUAUCUUUAGCUCUGUUACGAAGGCCAUCCGCAGGUUUGUAUGGACCCUACGCGCAUGAGAAAAACCAUUUUGCAUCUCCCAAAGGCUGCCGGCGGUACAGGCCUCCCCUCCAUCGAAACAUACUACGGUGCUGCACAUGCACCACCCUAUGAAAAUUCAUGGACUUUCUUGGAAAACCUAUGGACUAUCCCCUCCAGGUUGUGGCUGGGCAAUACUACGAUCGGCGCCUUACGCAAAAAAAAAACCCUAUGAUUGAUGCUACCCUGGGGACGUGAUUUACCCUACAAUACCGAAGGCAGCUUACCACUUCCCUCACACCUAUCACAAAUAACCCAGACUUAGCGGAUGGCUCAACCCCAGGCGAUAUGUCUGGCCUACAACGAUCCGACUGUACUUGCACCAUUGGUGCAACUCUACCAGACCUAAGACUUUGACAGAGCUCUGCCCAGACAGCAGACAGACCAUAAUUGAACAUUUCCACUAUCACAAACUCAAAAUCUACUACCAGUCUCUACCAGUAAGGGGGCAUUUGCAUAGGUCACUAAGAAGCUUAGAACACCACUUCACCACUCAGACGCACCUCUCCCGGGGAAUUUUGAUCCUAUACUCCAUGCUCACGAUUUUGACAAAAAGCGACAGACCUUUUAGGGUACACAAGCAAAUGGGAAAGGGACACUGGGACAACUCUCCCCACAUAGGAAUGGGACAAAAUCUUCACCCUCACACACAAGUGCUGUAUCCGUUCAAAAUACUAAGAGUUGGGUUGGGUGGUACAGGACGCUGGACAUACUGCCCCGCAUACACAGAUACCGGACACAUGCUGGAAAGCAUUGAGAAUGGCAGAAUGCGUGUGCGGCUCUUUCUGCGCAUGCGCAUUCAGCCGAUGACAGAAGAAGAGGGAGGAGAGUCCCAGCGCCGAGGGAGCCCGGCGAUGGAAAAAGGUAAGGGAUAAACCUCUUCCUCCCCAUUCAGCACUACGCCAACGAGUGUUUUCCUGGCACUAUGGUGGUCCUUUAAAGGGACACUAUAUGCACCCAGACCACUUCAUCUAAAUGAAGUGGUCUUGCUGCACUGUCCCUGUCUGUAAAACAUUGCAGUUUUUGAGUUUUCUAGAGUUUCAUGGAGUUUGACUCCGUGAAACGACACUGGAUGUCCUCACGCUCUGCAAGUGGACAUCCAGCAUCAGAGAGAACCCAAUGGAAUGCAAUAAGGCAAUGCUUUGUGGUGAAGGUCUAAUGUGCUGAUGGCACUUGCUGUGCAUGCAAGUUGGAUCCCAUCGUUGGAUGACAUCAGUGUAGACAGAGCGCAACCCAGAGCUGAGGGACAUAUACGCUGGAAUUGGGUGAGUGAUUAGAUGAUUUGUAUUCCUAACACUUUAGAUUCCCUUUAUUGUAGUUGAUUUGUGAAAAACGGCAAUGUUUACAUCUGUCAUUAGAGGCACUUUCUUUUGAAAACUUUUAAUAAUUCUAAGUCUGGAAGUUAAGAACACAUGAACAUUAAAAGAAAAGUCAGUAUUUUGGCAGUGAAAUAAAAAGGAUCAGAGAAAAAAGGGAAAGGAAGGAUGGCUUUUGGGGCAAAACUAAUAAUUAUUAAUAAUUAAAAGAAAUGUUAUUACAUUUUCUAGGGACAUCCCGGGCAUCAACACCUUUAUGAAUUUAAUAGUGUAUUGCUUAAAUUACAUUUUCUCAGUUUUGUAAUUUUUAUCAAAGCAGAAAAAUGAAGAAUUCUGUACCUUAAUGGUUACCACAACCAUCAUAACUACAGCCCACAUUACUGAUUACAGCGGUUUGCCCUCUUACCCGGUCUAGCUUGGUGCCGAGGGUCUCAGAAUGGUGGCUGACCAGCAUUCAGCUUUUGCAGAGCUGCAGAAGCCGUAUGCCGAUCCAGUCAGUCAUUCAUUUUCUGGGGCCUCAGCUGGGCACUCUGUCAACGAAUGGCAUUCUGUGCAUAAUAAUGUGCACAUAAUUGACGUUGGCCCUCACUGAACUACUGUCUCAGUCUGGCUAAUGAAGCCCCGGUGACUCUAAACAUCUGGCAGCAAAUGGUUUAAACUCUCUAUGUAUAGCCGUUCCUUACAAACGCUAUGUAUACAGAUUCCAGGCACCAUGACCACUUCAAAUCACUGAAGUAGUCAUGGUGCUUGGGAUAACCCUUUAACCCCUCAUUUGUGACACAGCAAAGGUUUAUGGGAGUUGUAAACAAACCGCUUUCAUAAGUAAAUAAUUUGAGACCUGAACUAGAAACAUUUGCACUGCCUACAAACUUUUGCUAUGCUGGGAUUUAUAAAAACAACCUAUUAAAAUAUUUUAGGUUAUGAUUGGCUGAUCACUUCCUAAUGUGAGCAUUCAUUUUCAUUAUAUUUAAAACAUUAGACUUUAUUGCAGAUGCAACAAAUUCAAAAGUGAAUCCAGACCUGACACUAGAUUCCAAGUAAGGCAAAGCCAUUUUUUUGCAGUUGGGUGGGGAGCUAAUUAAAACUGCCUAGUUAGGGUAAUUUAUUUUGAAAAGUCUCUCUCCCCCAGUCCCUCCCAAAAAGGUAAAAAGUCACUGGUGGACAACCACUUUACAACCACUUAAUUGGUUUGAAGAUGGUUGCCAGUGGGGUCACUUUCAUUGUUUCUCAUCAAAUUACAGAGCAUUUUAUUUGUGAUCUGUCAUCUGGUUUUGAAAAUUUAUUUUGUAAAUGUAUUUAAGGAUGGAUUGCUCCAUCUGUUCAUUUUUUUUCCCCUGAAUUGUUGUGGGUGUAAAGCAUUAGAAGUUUAGCUCGUCAUGGCAUUUUUUUCUUUACCAUUUUGUUAUAUAUCUGCAAAUAAAUCAUUGCGGUAUCUUCAGUGCCUGGCAGGUCACAAUAGUGAUAGUCCAAUGUUUUAAAUACAGGUCAGAAUUUUAACAAUACAGGCCAUUGUGAGUGUUCGGUUCAAGAUUUCAGCUAUUCAGUGACAUUCAUACCGACUGAAGUCCGGGAAUAAUUCUGGUUUAUUCUGAGCCUUAUUGCAAAUUCUGGGAAUUGUAAAAUGGUGUGAACAGUGUCCAGAUUUUGCUAAUAUUACACUUGAGUGAAUAAUUGUCAGAUUGAAAAGUGUCUGUUUAUACACUUUGAACUAUUAUAAAGUUAUUUUGUUUCUCUUUUUUUUUCUUUUUUGUGCUGUGAGGAAAGUGUGGGCAAGUGAUUUUAAACUGUAUUGUGAGUUAUUGUAUGCUUGGAUAUUUGUUGAACUAAAGGCAUUCAUACGGCACGUGUAUGCAUUGAAUGUGAUGCUCAGAGAUAUUUAGAAAAGGUCUUAUUUUUAUUUUAUUUUUUUUAUUCUCCCCUCCCUCGUUUGCUCUGCUGCUCAGUGUUGAUAUUAUUCAGAUGUUUCAGCGUCACUCAUUGCUAAAAGGUGCAUCAAAUCCAGCACAUAGGCAGGCAAUAUCUAUAGAUAAUGGCAGUACAGUGGAUCAUACCGAAGAUUUCACUGAUUUUCAAUGUGAGUGUCAGGAUGCCACCUUACCACAAGGCUGUUUGUGAAAUUUGUUCCCCAGAUCAACUGUAAGUUCUGUUACUUAAAGUGGAAGCGUGUAGGAGCAACAGCAGUCCAAAGUGGUAGAGGAGACCUACUCUUACAGCAGGUCGUGCCGAAUUGAGUGGUGACUGUAAAGCAUUCCUUCAGUGGGCUCUAAUGCACUUGAGUUACAUGGAGUGAAUAACCACGCUUCACUAUCUGGCUGUCUUAUGGAGGAAUCUGGGUGUGGUGGAUGUCCGGAGAACUCUUCCUACUGGAAUGUGUAGUGCCUGCUGUAAAGUUUGGUUUAGUUGAAAUAGUGGUCUGGGAAUGUUAUUCAUGGUUUGGGUAAGGUCCCUUAGUUCCAAUAAAGGGGUCACCUUAAUGCUACAGGAUAGAAAGACAUUUCAGACAACUGGUUGCUUCCAAUUUUGAUGCAAAAGCUUGAGAAUCCUUUUCUCUGGUCCAGCAUGACUACACAAAGUGAGAUUUAUAAGUCGAUGUGGAUGAAUUAAUGUGGCCUGCACAGAGAUUUAAAUUUUAUUCAAGAUCCAACACAAGGUGGAGAUACCUUGUGUUGGAUCUCAAAUAAAAUUAAAAUUUCUGACUGUGAAAAGGUUCCAACAAUAUUAAAUGUUUAUGAAACUUAUCUGGAGUCGGAUUGUGUAUGAUGGUUGAAUGAUAAAUAGCAUUACUAGCUAUUAUACAUUAGGUCAUUUUAUUCACAUGCUCACAAUGCAUACUCCCGUAUAGACACUAGACUUGUGCUCAAAUUCUUUUAUGCUGGUACGAAACACAUAUCUUUCACUUUACACCCAAACAAAUCUGUUCAUCCGGUAAUUACCUGUGGAGUUUUAUUUAAUGACUUACACUGUACACACUAAUUUACAAUGUCCAGAGUUUGCAAUACUGUCUCAGAAUAAGCCAGAAAACAGAGCGAUAGAAAUCCCCUCAACUACAGAGCUCUCAGUAAUUCCUGUAUUAUAUUCCAAAAUAUUUGUGUGGAAUUUGAUGAUUGAGCAUUACAUUUUGCAUUUUGUGUGAAAAAUCCAACAUUGUGGAUGUGUUUUGUUUUGUUCAUGUCAAGUUAUAUCUUUUUUUUUUUUGCCCAGUGUGUGCAGGGUUAUCUCUUAAGUAACAAGCUGGUGGGUUCUACAAACCUUUAAAUCAUGUUUGCUUUUUAGUCAUAUUUAACAUUUUCCACUAUAUGUAUCACAAAGGUUUCCUAUGACUAAUGGGACAGAGAUGCCCAUUAUCCUCAUAAUGUUUAAUUUCUCUCUCCCCCUCCCAGUCAUUCACUUGUGCGUUUUUAUUUUCUGAACACAAUACCAAUUUUUUAAUCUAAUCUACAUUUGUUUAUUUUUCUAGCUUCGUCUUAAUAGCAUUAAAAAGCUUUCAACUAUUGCUUUGGCACUGGGAGUUGAGAGGACGCGCAGUGAGCUCCUACCAUUCCUAACUGGUAAGUGGAUGAGACUGCACCCAGAAGGAUCUAUUGUGAGCGCUUGGCUUUCAGUUGGAAAAACAUAACCACAAAAAAUUGUACUCUAAAACAUCUAUUACCAAGUGAAGUAGUACAUGCACUAAUAUUGUAUUGGUGGUAUUUGGAACUAUGCAUCCUGGCCAUUGUAUCUUGUGUAAAAAAUAAAUCACAAUCCAUGCUAAAAAAUAAGAAAAAAUGUAUGCAUUCAAAUACUGAAUAUAAAAAAAAUGCUUACAUAACCACAAUCAAAUGUAAACUGAGAAAUAUCUGCUUACUGAAACGACAAACGUCUGCUUUUGAAAGGUCUCUAACCCACUGAAAACUGAUGUUUUACCAACCAGAAUGGGAUGUUAGCAGUUUAAUGCAGACAUAACUGCACAUCCAUGCUUCUCUCGGGAAAAAAAGCAGAUAAUUUAUUAUUUUUUUAUUUUGUCUGUGGUUACUUGCUGAUCUAAUGAAUAUUUGACCAAAUUCCCCAAAAACUAUUUUGUAGGAGAUUGUCAUUCACUAUGGUAUUUGUAGCAAGCCAUUUGAAUAUAUUUAAACUUUUUCUAUAAUAAAAUGCCUCAUUGCAGAUAAUAUUUGUCUCUUGGUAUUUAUGCAAGCCUUCUGUUAGGUGUAUCCCAUUUGCUAUACAUUAAUACAUAGAAAGCUAAAUGAUGUACAUAAAAGAAAGGUGAUGUACAUAAAAGCCAACUGAUCAAUGUAGACUGUCAUUCACCCCUUUUAGGAAUCAUUCAAGAACAUGUGUGCAGACAAAAACGCUCCACAAUAACUUAUUUGUGUAAAACUUUACCUGUUUCAGGUGAUGUCAAAAUACAGAAAUGACAACUACACACAUACUGGCCACUGUUAUGUGACCAUAUCCAUAGUUUUCGCAAACAAGAGUCUGCAUUCUCAUUUUUCAUGUAAAGAAUAAAGAAAUGGGAUUUUAAUCGCCCCAUUAACCAGCCUUUUGUGUAUCAUUGAUUUUAUAUUGUACGCCUCAUGUACUUUUUAUAAAUAUAUUUUGUAAAUAAAUUUCCAUUUUAAGCUUGUAAAAUGUUGGCAGCUUGUGUAAAUACUAGAUGCAAUCUCCUCCACCUUGAGCAUUUUCUUGACAAUGGGUGUUCUCUAUAAAUCGUUAUUCUUAUGAAAAGUAAAUAUUGUGUAACUUGGUUUUAGGUGACUGUUUACCCUUUAUUCACUUUACUGAAAAUGCCUUCUAUCUCAAUCCAUUUUGCAGAUACAAUCUAUGAUGAGGAUGAAGUGCUUUUGGCUUUGGCUGAGCAGCUCGGGACCUUUACAACACUGGUGGGCGGACCUGAAUUUGUUCACUGCUUACUGGUAAGUAUCCAGUAUGGCUUAUUUGUUUAAUUGCAUUAUUAUUAAAGGGACGCUAUAGUCACCAGAACUAAAGCUUAUUGUAUUUGUUCUGGUGAGUAUAAUCAUUUCCGUCAGGCAAUUUGCAGUAAACACUGUCCUUUCAGAGAAAAUGCAGUGUUUAUAUUACAGCCUAGGGGUACCUCCACUGUCCACUCCUCAAAUGGCUACUAAAGAAUCUUCCUAGAUCAGUGCUGCACAGUGUUGCUUGUGCUGACUCUGCCCCUGAUCUGCCUCUUUGACACUCCCAGCUAAGCCAAUGCUUUCCUAUGGUAAAGCAUUGUGAUUGGCUCAGUGUGACACUUCUGAUGUCGGCUAAGCAGGCAGAUCCAGCAGCAGCAGACUGGACUGAAAGUAAGAUUUUAUUUUGGAAGGCUUGGUGAAGUGACGGGGGGGAGGCUAUAUGGUGUUUUGAACACUUUUUUGAGUCAGAAAUACAUGUUUGUUCCUGACCCUAUAGUGUUCCUAACCCCUUAAGGACACAUGACAUCUGUGACAUGUCAUGAUUCACUUUUAUUCCAGAAGUUUGGUCCUUAAGGGGUUAAAGAAACACGGUCACUGAAUAUUGUGAUAUUAGCAUUUUUGCGAAGACUGCCCCCACCCCACACUGACAAGUAUGCUUGCAUGUUAAAACCUGGAAGGCAGGGGAGAUAUACCUAAAAAUGUUCUCCUUAUACAAGCAUCAUUAAGCCACCAGGAAAUAUGAUUGUAGUCUAGCACAUACUGAAAUGUACAAGUUGUAUCUAUGGAUGGUCCCGUUGAGAGCCUUAAUAGAUUUUCUUCCUUGCUAGAAUGUGAAGAAUGGCAAGAUGUCACACAAGCUUUUUGAGGCACUACUCUUUUGCACAAUUUCCAAGAGAUUACUUAAUAGUCUCUACUUUGUUUUAUAUCUAUUGAUUGUGUUUACUUUUCAAUGUAACAAAAAUGAAAAAGGAGAGCUAAUAUAAUGUUACCACUGUGAAGAAAGAAAUAUGGAGAAUUAACCACCAAUAAAUAGCUAAAAAGGACAAUGGUAAACAAUUCACAGGCUUCACAAGAAAUUAAAACACAACUUUUAUUUACAUUAAAAAAACACAUCCUCAAAGGAUAGACAGAAUUAUAAAUAACAAUUUGUUUCUGAUCUGUAUAAAAGUAGUGAGAUGUUAGACAUGACUGGAGUACAGAUAUCCAGCAACAAAUACAGACAGACCUUUAUAAGACACAGAGAAACUUAAAUCCGUAAAAUAAAAGUAAAAAAUCAGACUAAGAAAUUAAAUGUGCAGGUAUCUCCCCGCCUACCGGCCGGGGAGACCUAAUGCGCAUGCGCAGCAUUGCCGCACAUGCGCAUUAGAGCUCCCCAUAGGAAAGCAUUAAAAAUGCUUUCCUAUGGGGAAAUGAGCGACACUGGAGGUCCUCACAUAGCGUGUGGACGUCCAGCGGCGCUCUAGCACAGGUUUCCUGUGCUAGAAACCAGGAAAUGCCCUCUAGCUAUUAGACAGCCACUAGAGGUGGAGUUAACCCUGCAAGGUAAUUAUUGCAGUUUAUAAAAAAAACUGCAAUAAUUACACUUGCAGGGUUAAGAGUAGUGGGAGUUGGCACCCAGACCACUCCAAUGGGCAGAUCUGGUCUGGGUGCCUGGAGUGUCCCUUUAAUGUGGUGGUUCUGGUAUUUCUAACAUGUCCCUGCAGGCUUUUCAGUGUAAAUGCUGUUUACAUUAGUACCUAGUAACCUCUCUAGUGGCAGUUACUCAGAUGACUAGAGGAGCUUAGCAUCUCCACGUUCUGCACAGGGGCACUGAAAGCUCCCCAUAGAGAUGCAUUGAUUUAAUUCAUCUCAAUGAGGAGAUGCUGCUUUGUGUGUUUUGCAAGGGAAAGCAUUAAAUUGGCAGAGAUAAAGACUGAUGAUCACAGCCAUGGAGGCUGAAACAGCCACAGUGAGACUAGCAUGGCAAGGGAGAAAAGGUAAACUCACUUUUUCACUGCGAUCUAAAGGUGGGGCUGGACACCUAAACAGCCACUCCAGUACUAUAGUGUUAGAGAUAUCUUUUUGUUUUUGGGAAAAAAAAAAAAUAUUUUUAAAAUUUCCAUUUUUUCUGAAAAGGAAUGCGCAUGACUAGUCAUUCGGUUAUUGUGUUGUAGGUCUUAAAAUGUAUAGGUUUUAUUGGUUGUCGUCAGCUGAGUUGUCUUUCAGACUACAAGUGGUAAUGAUUUGGAUUAAACUAGAAUAUUUUUUAAUUCUGCGAUUUUUGCCCUACAGCCACCGCUGGAGAGCCUGGCAACAGUGGAGGAGACUGUUGUUCGAGACAAAGCAGUAGAGUCUCUGCGUGCCAUUUCCCAUGAGCACACCCCUUCAGACUUGGAAGCCCAUUUUGUUCCUUUGGUUAAACGACUGGCUAGUGGUGACUGGUUUACCUCUCGCACUUCUGCAUGUGGCCUCUUCAGUGUAUGCUAUCCCCGCGUGUCCAGCACUGUUAAGGCAGAACUCCGGCAGUAAGUAGUGAAGGAAUGAAUUAUAACAUGCAUAUAUUGUAAUGUAGACUUUAAUGACUGCAAAAUAACAUUUGGUCAAUGUUGUAUUGGCUUAUAAUUCAAAAGACACAUUUGUUUACUAACACAGACUCCUAAGCAUUACAGUCACCUUGGAAAGAACUAAUGCACAUUUCUAUCUCAUACCCUCUUCCGAGACUAGAGAUUUUGCUGAGUGAUUUAAAAAUGGCAAAGUUCAUUAGUGAAUACAGUGGCUUUAAUUCACCAAAAUGUUUUUUUUUUUUGGAAUAUAUCUUUAUCACCAUAUUAUUCAUAACACACUGCACUAUCAUUGUACUUUUAUUUCCUUUUUUUAAGAGUAAGAAACAUAAUUGCGAAAUAUGCUGCUACCUUUGUAUGUAUGAUUUUAUUAUAAUAAUUCUUAGCACUGUCCACCUAAUUUACUAGUGUUAUGUACCCUUACUCAAGGGGAAUGGACAAUAUAAGGUGAACCCAUGGACCCAGAUACUUGGGACUGAAGAUUCCCUGAAAUCUGAACCUGAUAUUGGCUUUCAAAGAUUUAGAUUUGAAAUCACAUAGCGAUAAAGAAAAUGGUAAUCCUAAAAAAAAUCUGUUUUGUGCAGGCAUUUCCGAAACUUGUGCUCAGAUGACACUCCAAUGGUGAGGAGAGCAGCAGCUUCAAAACUGGGGGAAUUUGCAAAGGUUUUAGAGCUGGAAUAUCUGAAGAGUGAAAUCAUUCCCAUGUUCUCCAACCUCGCUUCUGAUGAACAGGUAGUGUGACUGUUUACAUUGACCCCUCUACACAUUUAAAUAUUUCUAUUUUCGGGACAUCCCAAAUUUUAAACUGUAUUUUUGCAGUGUUGCUUGCACUAUUCUAUCCUUUUCCAGAGAAUCACAUGGCUACAUUUGUGCUUUCAAUUUAUUUGUUAGGAUUCUGUGCGCCUGCUUGCCGUAGAAGCAUGUGUGAAUAUCGCUCAGCUUUUACCUCAGGAGGAGUUGGAGCCUCUUGUUAUGCCUACAUUGCGCCAAGCGGCAGAGGACAAAUCUUGGCGUGUUCGUUACAUGGUGGCUGACAAGUUCACAGAGGUAACUUAUCUCACACUGUAAUAUCCCUGCUUAACUUUUCCAGUUAAAUAUAUUUGUGCAAACUGAGCCUUGUUCUUACACAUUUUAUUUUAUUACCCCACAUUUUAGCUCCAGAAAGCUGUUGGUCCAGAAAUUACCAAGACAGACCUAGUUCCUGCUUUUCAGAACCUCAUGAAGGACUGUGAAGCUGAGGUCAGAGCUGCUGCAUCCCACAAGGUUAAAGGUAAGUCACACAGAGCAUACUAGUUCGGUUUGGUAGGGUCUUGGCUCAACAUUAAUAAUGCAAUUUCAGAAUGUAAGGAUUUUUUUUUAUUAGGGCCCAAGUAAUGUAGGUUCUAUGACUGUAUUAAUAUAAUAAAUAAGCCCCCCCCCCUCCAAAAACAAAAACCUGGUUUCUUAAACUUAAAAUACAGAUUUAUAGGACACCAUAAACUACAUGCUGUAACAUCUGAUCACAAAACUAGAAUUUAUAACUUGUAAACGACGUUAUGUAGGAAUCAUAAUGGCUCUCCUAAUGUAUUUUAUUCUCACUGGAAUACUUGCUGUUAUUGUGUUUGAGGGAAUUAGUCAGAAAUCAAUUUUUUUUCCAGUUCCUUGUCCUUUGCUAAAUCUUGUGUUUUUUGUCUUGUAGAGUUUUGUGAGAACCUGUCUGCUGACUGCCGUGAAAAUGUGAUCAUGACGCAGAUAUUGCCAUGUGUGAAGGUAUUUUACUCUUCUCUUAUUCUCCACACUUUUGUUCAUGUUUACCUAUUCAUAAUUGUCUGAACUCAACUUCAACCUUAAGAGUUUAUUCACUAAACUGUGAAUUCCAAUAAAUUGGAAAAGCUCAGGCUAAAAUAAGCAGAACAUGAGUUGUAGAAAUAUUUUUUCAUUUAAUUUGUCUAAUUCUUUAAUGAGUUUUCAACUGUUUAGUGAACUCACUUUUUAGUAAACAAAUCUUUAUUAGGCCCUUUUGGUGAAGUGAACUAUCGUAUAGGUAUAGUAAGACAAUAAUCCACACGGUUUGAUAUUAUAAACCUAUUUUAUGUAACAAUUACAAAGUGAUACUUUUGUUUGUGUGGAUAUAUAGUAUGGUGUGGAUCAGUUGCAAAAAUAUAUUAAAGCCUUUUUUUUUUUUUUUCCUCAUCUGAUUACCAUGUUUUUGUUCAUUCUGGACAAUGCCUUCUUAUUGAUCAGGUUAUGUUAUAGAGCAGCGGUUUUCAACCAGUUUGCUUCAGGCUACCUAAAACGUUUUGCAAAAACAUUGUCUCCAGAGCAAAAAAUUUUUAAAUACAGUCAUUAAAAUGUCUUUCACAAUAAUUGUAAGCAAUUAAAACGAAUAAGUCAGUUUGGCUGGUAGUUUGUAUAUUUCUCUAUUUGGUGUCCUUUUAUAUUCUGCUGAUAAAGGUAAAAAGAAAAAGUAGGUGUGCCUUUGCAUUCUUUCAUUGAAAUGUUCUUUUGUUAAAGUUUGGGAACCACUGCUGUGAGGGAAUGUAAGACACACAAAUUACAGCCUUGUUUUUCACCAAUUUCGGCAAGUGGAAAUAGAUUCCAAAAAGUAUCUUUAGAUUUGCUGAAUAGUUAACACAAUGUAGUUAAUUAUCAUGUUUGAUUUGUUUAUUUCAGAUGACAAGCCCUUUAUUUACGGAGUACCAGUAUUGCUAUUUUAUUAUUCAUUUUUUUCCACUUUGUAUUGUUAACUGCUAGGAGCUUGUUUCGGACGCCAACCAGCAUGUGAAAUCUGCCCUGGCCUCUGUCAUUAUGGGUCUCUCACCUAUUUUGGGGAAGGAGAACACCAUAGAACAUCUUCUCCCUCUCUUCUUGGCACAGCUGAAAGACGAGGUGAGGGUCUCUGUAUUUGUUGUUCGGUGCUUAAUGUAAUUUACAAAUCUGAAAACAUUAAGGUAGACUGCAUAAUCUGCUUCUGUGAAAGGUGAGUUCACAUCUGUUGUGUUUAUAUAUCAAAGUUGCUGUUUUCCUUUAGACAUGUCUGAGCAGAUUUUAAAUGAUUUUCAAAAUUCACUGCAGCCCUGUUUCCUUUAAACCCCACCCCACCUCUGCAUAUCUUUCCUCCAGCAGGGCAGAACUAAGCCGUGUACACUAUGGACUUGUUCCAUAUCAGUAUUCAAUCUUUUAAGCUUCAUAUGGAUUGCUAUACUUCCUGUCAUAUUUACAUUUAACUAUGUGUAUUGUGAGAUAUUACUUGCAUAUUGGUGCAAAGUUUAUAAUGGUUUUUAUACUUCUCAUCAUGACUAUCAUGAAGUGUUCAGGGAUAUGUUUUACUGUAAGGCAGUCUUCUUAAACGAUCCAGAGCUCACACUUUAAUGACAAAAUUACAUUUACUUUUUGUUUGCUACAAAGACUCAUGAGAGCUUAAUUUUUCUUCUCUUAAGUUACAGAUCUAUAAUUGUAUUACAAGAAAAAAUGAUCUUUUCAUAUUUUUUUCCCCCUUUUUGUUUUUCCUUUCUUAAAUCUGUUUGGUUUAUUUCAAUUGUAAAAUGCCUUAUUUCUCUCCACUAGUGUCCAGAGGUGCGACUAAACAUUAUCUCCAACCUCGACUGUGUGAAUGAAGUCAUUGGCAUAAGGCAGCUCUCCCAGUCACUUCUCCCUGCUAUUGUGGAGCUCGCUGAAGACGCCAAGUGGCGCGUGCGACUGGCGAUCAUUGAAUAUAUGCCUCUCCUUGCUGGGCAACUGGUAUGCAUUCUUAUAUAUGGCUAUAGAAAUGAUUUCUCCUUAUAAAUAUAGAUAUUCCAACCAUAAGACAACUAGUUAGAAUAACAAACACAAUUCUUGUUAGUUUCUUACUAGUCAGUGACGUGUGUUUGCUCACUUCUAGGAAAAAUCCAAAACAUUGACUACUUACACAUAUUGAAGUUCUUACCUAGCUUAAAAAAAAUGCUUGCUCGAAUUUGUAGAAAAGUAAAAAAAGAAAAAUACACAAACCACAAUAUUCAGACUAAAAUCCAGGAUUAGUGUACAUAUUUUUUUUUUUUAUAAUAAACUCCAUUUCAUUGUACUAGCAAAUGUAUAGAUUAGAAGAAACCUUUAUUACAAAAAGGUUCAUCCCUACCAAUUAGUUCUUCAGAACAGACCUCUAUACUGAAAAAACAAAGGACUGCAGACUGCGAGAUAUCUCUCCAGCAUGCCAACCAUAGUGCAUGCUCUGUGGUUACUAUGGUUACUCUGUUGCAAGCACUUCCUGCUUUGGCUAGAGUAUGAGAAUGGAGAGACUGAUGCAUAGAAGGGCAUGUCAGUGUAAAGGCAUUUACUGCUUUUUGUGUUACCAGGAAGGCAAAUCAAAGUAGAGCAUGGGCCGAACACAGACAACAAUCGAAAUGGGUGUUAAAUUACUUAACACUCCCUAAUCUGAUUCAAUACUCUCCUGUGGAUGCGUGAUUUCAACACGCCGGACGUCCUCAUGCAAAGCGUGUAAAUGUCCAGCGUCCGUACUCUGUGAAAGUCCACUGGGGGCAGUCUUAACUCUUUAAUGUAAGCUUUGCAGUUUGUCUGAAACUGCAGUGUUUUACACUACAGGGGACAGGGACACUGCAUCUAGCUGACUUCAGUAAGUUGAAGUGGUCUGUGUGCCUAUAAUAUCCCUUAAGGUGUACUUUUCAUGACAAGUACAUGUGAAGUCAGAGACCUGAUCUAUGAUUGUUUUCCAGGAUCAACUGCUCUAAAUCUCUGGAUCUUUGUAUGGCUGAUACAAGUUGCAUUUAAUUAAAGAAUGAACAGGAAAUACUUGUGUAUAUGCUCUAUAUUGCUCUGUGGCUUUCUCUUUUUUUGCUGUAUGCAAUAGAAUAGAAGCUGCUCGGGGCUGAUUUGAAUGUGUGAUAAUAAGGGCAUUAAGUUAUUUUGUAUAUGUCCACAGACUAAUGGAGAAAAAGGGGGUUACAUCCAGUUUGCCAUGUCCCUUACUAAAUUUACCAACUUAUCAACUGUUUUGCCAUCACCUUUAGUCAGUUAAACUGAAGUAAACUAUCCCUCAAAGAAAAGUAUGUACAAGUAGAGAAUAUUUUAUUUAAUUAUAAAGAGUAGUUUUACCUUUCUUGCAGUUGACAGGUAUUCACUUUAUAGGUAGUUGAUGCAUUGUUUGCAAAGUUGAUAUAUUUUAUUUGUUAUUUGUAUAUAACAUUGUUCUUCGUGGAGUUAAAGGGACACUCCAGGCACCCAGACCACUUCUGCCAAUUGGAGUGGUCUGUGUGCCAACUCCCAUCACAGACAGCCACUAGAGGGACUUCAAGCUUCUUAGAACACACUUCUUCUUAAACAACGCUGGUCGUCCUCGCGCUAUGCAUGAGGACCUCCAGCGUAGCCGGAGUCCCCAUAGGAAAGCAAUAAAUAAUUUAAAUAAUGCUUGCUUUCCUAUGGGGAGGCUAAAAGCGCGCGCAGCCAUUGCGGCACAUGCACAUUAGGUCUCCCCCGCUGGCACCAUAACCAUUUCAGGGAUUUUAAAUUGUCAGUUUGUAAAUACUGAGAUUUUAUAUUGCUGCUCUAGUUGCAACUACUCCUCCGAUAUAGUCAGCAAACCCAGCACGAAUGUUUUAUAUGUGCCACAUUACCGCCGAACAGCGCCAGAGAAGAAGUCAGCCUAGUUAUAAUUAUUCCAUUCACAAUGUCAAUAUAUUAAGGAUAUUGGCACAAACGCAGUGUGGUCUAGUUACCAUUAUUUGAAAUAUCCUAUAUUGUUGACCUGUUUUGCACGCUCACUUAGACAUGCAGGUUUGAGCAGUUUUGUAAAUUAAAGAAACGUUCAUUUAUUUUUGUUUUAAACUUCUAGAUCUGCAUUUUCUCCACAAGAGGGGGAUAUUGUUACUAAAUAACGUUUUAGAUCAAAACAAUAUACGCAAAGAUGGACAAGCGCUAAUAAUUCCACAAACACGUUAUCAGCAGCAAAUGGUGAACACAAGGGGUUCCCUCAAUCCUUUGUAAAACAAAAACCAAAAUACAAACAGGUUGUGCCUACUAGGGAUCGACAGAUACUGAUUUUUUUUUUUUAGAGCCGAUACCGAUAAUCUGUUAACUAUCAGGCCGAUAACUUGCCGAUAUUCUGUACAUUUACCAUUUUGAAAAAAUAAACUAUUUCUAAAAGGUAAAUGCACAAAAUAUAAAAGCCACAUGCACUGGAUGCAGUGUGUUUAGACAGUGGAGCUGUGUAUAUUUGUGUAGUGUGUAUAUAUAAUGAAUGCAGGGUGUGUUUGUGUAGUGUGUAUAGUUAUGCAUGCAGUGUGUGUGUAUAUAAUGAAUGCAGGGUGUGUGUUUGUGUAGUGUGUGGUGUAUAAAGGGAAUGCAGGGUGUGUGUGUGUGUGUAAAGUGAAUGCAGUGUUUAGUGUGUAUAGCGAACGCAGAUAAUGAAUAGUGUGUAGCGCGUGUAUAUACGAUGCAGUGUUUGUAGUGUGUACAUUAAAUACACACACUACAUUAUAUAGACACACUACACUAUAUACACACUCUGCGUUAUAUACAGUUUGUAGUGUGUGGUUUUUUUUUCCUGAAGGCAUGUGAUUUGUGUAAAAUGGGGUGGAGGGAGGCAUUUUUUUAUUUUAAUUUUUAAUGUUUGUUUUAUUCUUUAAUAUUUAUGUUUAUUUUAAUUUUUAAUAUUUGUUUAUUUUUUUAAAGCUUAUUUUUAAGUUAUGUUUUAUUAUUUUUGUUGUCCCCCCUCCCUGCUUGUUACCUGGUCAGGGAGUGGGGAUAUAGCAGUCCCUGGUGGUCCAGUGGCAUUGGUUGAGCUGGGGCGGGGGGGGGGCGCGCAGGUAGCGUUUACUUACCUCCCCUGCAGCUCCCAGUGUAAAUCUCGCGGCCCUUAGUGCCUGACGGCCGCGGGAUUCGCAAGACUUACACUGGGAGCUGGAGGAGCUGCAGGGGAGGUAAGUAAACGCUACCUGCGGCCCCCCCCCAGGACCGCCGGGCUUGUAAUGAGCCUGGCUGUCCUAGGAGGUAUUAUCGGUAUCUGAAUUGGCCGAUACCGAUAUUGCCGAAAAUACCGAAUAUCGGCCGAUUUAUAUCGGUCGAACCGAUAAUCGGUCGAUCCCUAGUGCCUACUAACAGCAUAUAAAAGAGCUAAAUUGCACAAUUCAAGACUUGGGGUAUCCACCAAAUGACCUUGUUUUCUUUAGUAUAUAUAGUUCUUUAUGGGUGUGUACAUGUAAAAGAGAAAAAACACACAAGCUGUAUUGUAAUAUUUUUCUGUAAGUGAGGACACACAACAAACGUUCCCACUCUAGUUGCUAUGUGCGGUUUUCUGUGAUGAAUAUGUCAUAACACCGGAGUGUUCUGUGCCUACUACACUUUAUUUUUUUUUUUGUUUUUUUUUUAUACAUCUACCCACCCAAAGAGAACUAUACACUAAAGAAAAGUCAUUUGUUGGCUAUCCCAAGUCUUGCAUUGUGUUCUUUUAUACUUACAUUAUACAGUCUUUCUAUUAGUAUGUUCAACCUGUUUGGUUCUUUGCUCUAUUUUGAGAACGUUGUAGAAGCCUGCUAAAUUUUCCGUAACACUGCAAUUAGGAUGAAAGAAACUAUGCAAUAGAGCAAAAUGUGUUAAAAUAAUGCUGCGGCUGUUAAAACAUAGAUUGAGUUGUCAAUCAUCCUGUUUCUUUUUAUUGUGAACUUCUGACCUGUGAAUUACAUAGCUUAUAUGUAAUACAGGGAUUUAUUAAAUAUGGAAACCACUCCACCAAUGUAUACAUUCCCUCCAUAGAUCAUUAACAUGUGCGGGAGCUCAAGCCUAACCGAUAUAGUUGGAAACAAUAUUGAGCAGAUUUAGUCCUUUUACCAUAUUGUGUGUUGCAAUGGUUUACUCCAGUCAUUAUUAAAAUGUAUUUUUGUGCAGGGUGUGGAGUUCUUUGAUGAGAAGUUGAAUUCGUUAUGUAUGGCUUGGCUGGUAGAUCAUGGUAAGAAUCUUUUAUUAGUGCACUUAUCAUUGUUUUAUUAUCCAAAUGCUUGGACUCUGCGAAACAGACAACAAACUUCACAAUUUGAAAUAAAUAAGAAUUUAAGAGACCGAAUACGCAUUCUGACAAAGGCCUCAAUUUAAUAAGCUUUCUAAAUAAAUACUGUUAGAAACAUUUACAAAUGAUUUAUGGACCAAAUAAAAUCCAAUAGACUUUAAUGAUGACUUUUGUAGAUAAAUCACUUGGAAACUUUUCUACCAGUAUUGAAUCAUUUGGAAAGCCUAUUAAAUCGGUGCCAAAGUUUGCAAAGCAUUUUUAUGCAAGGGACUUGCAACAGUUAUGCAAAUUAGACUAAGAUAGGCCUGCUCAUUAUACAGCUACAGGACCGUGUCUUUAGAGAUCCACCUAUGAUUCCUGGACUUUUGGUUUUCCAUUUGGCUUAGGACACUUCCAGCACCUGUGAAAAUAGUUAUACUUAAGGCAAAAGAAGGGCAUGCAAAAACUUUAAACAUUUUAAAAAAUGUGCCUGUUUUAUCAGUAUAGAUACAUUCUUAAAUAGUAAAAACCGAAUAGAUAGUCCUUGGCUACCUUGAAGGGCAGAGAAUUGAGUCUACAGCAGGUAUACCCACAGGGUUGGAUCUGGCACAGCCAGGUGUACUUCUAUAACCAUUUUAUGUUGGGCGAUAAAGGUGUAUUGUAGGUGGCAAUAGUGCUUCUCAAAUCAAGUAGUUGCUAACAAAUGUUACAAAGUCUCAUGAGUUUAACCUUUUGGUUGCCACAGGGUUGCUCGCCAUCUUGCAAUGCAGUUCUCACUCGUAAGAUUCAACUGUAGCUUCUCAAACAAGUCAUGGAUGAUCAGAUCAUUUAUCUCUUACCUGGUACAGGCAAAUGUUUUCAUUAUCAUAAUCAUGACAACUAGAACGAGGCAGGUAUAUCGAAUACUUUCUGUAUUAGGGGUAAUAUUAAAUCUUACAGACAUUCAGAUUUUCUGCACUUUCAAAAAUGAUGUAACUUUCGUGGUAAAUUAUCUAUUCUUAAGGCAUAGCCACUUAGGACUCUUAAAGACCUGUUUCAUUGGCACGCAGCGCAACUUAGUUGUGUUUUCAAAGAUAACCUCCGUCUUAUGCGCGGAGAUCUACCUGCUGCAAGGUGCAUAGGAAUACAUGUUUGAUUGAAUUCAAUUUUAGAAUAAAGGAAUAACAAGCAUUAUUUGCUUCCCUUGUGGGGAACAGUCUUGUUAAGGCUGUUCCCAUUCUUGAAAACCAUUCUCAUCUGAUUCUCUUCUUUCACCCUUCAGUCUAUGCUAUCAGAGAGGCAGCGACAAGCAACUUGAAGAAGCUGGUGGAGAAGUUUGGCAAAGACUGGGCUCAGGCCACCAUCAUCCCUAAAGUAUUAGCCAUGUCCAAUGACCCCAACUACCUACAUAGGAUGACCACAUUGUUCUGCAUCAAUGUAAGGGAGUACAUUAUCUACUGGAAAUACAGUGUUACCAUAAACUAGUGGUGUAUGCUUACCUGAAUUAUAGUGUGCAACUAAAUAAGCAUCCAAUCCAAAACUGAAGUGAAAGUUUCCCUUUAAAUUCUGGCAAGUGCACAAACUUCUAUAUUUUUGACUUUUCUUUGUAGGUUCUCUCGGAGGUUUGUGGACAGGACAUUACAACCAAACACAUGUUGCCUACAGUUGUGAGAAUGGCUGGUGAUGCUGUGGCAAAUGUACGAUUUAAUGUGGCGAAGUCACUCCAAAAGAUAGGACCUACUCUGGAUGAGAGGUACAAAAAAACCAAAACACAUUCUUAUGGUAUGUUUUUAGUAGAGAUAAUGAGAUUUGGCAAAAUUCAAAAACUGUUGUACAUGCAAAAAAUUACUUUUGCUGACAAUUGAAUGAUGGGGAAAACGGUAGAUGCCUCCUACUGUGGAUUUUUCUGCUUUCUGUUAAUACGCCCCCUUCUCCCCCUAGUGAGUUCAUCUUGUGCUUGCUGUAGGAUAAUUAGGGAACAUUCACUGAUAACAACUUAUUCUUGGAAUCAUUAUUGAGCAUUAUUCUGCUUGGGAAAAUGUCCCUUUAUAAAAGAAACAGGUUAUAAAGUGCUGUUUUUCCAUGCAUCUUGGUACCCUAAUGGCUAUUUAUAGAGAUGCAGUAAACAAAAGGGCCCUUUACAGUAAAUCCCUACAAUAUUUUUUCAGUUAACUAUUUGCAACCCCAGCCUUAGUCCAUGCUGUGAGGUAAACUCUUCCUGGUAUGAGAGACUUGUGGCUUCUUUCACAUUUUCAUACAUAUUGUAAAUGUUGUAUGUGUUAUGCUAUUUAUGGUGUGUUCAUUACAAUGUCUGUUAAAUGUCUCCUCUAACAUGUUAAAACUUCACAAUUACUUUAGCACCCUUCAGAACGAAGUUAAGCCAGUGUUGGAGAAGUUAACUCAAGACCAAGAUGUAGAUGUCAAAUACUUUGCACAGGAAGCACUUACAGGUAUGUGGUGGGAUGUCUUCUAGGUUAUUUUUCGUGCUUGUCAGAAAUAUAAAAAUAAAUAUCGCAUAGUUUCUCUCAACUUUGUUAGAGUCCAUGAGCUAAUUUCCUCUAAUUGCAAGGAGCAGUGAGAAAUGCUUACUUUUACUUAGAGGAAGGAGCUUACUGCACACCAAAGUAUCUGACUUCAUUGGAAACUACUACAAAAGUCAGUGUAUGACCUCUUGUUUUAAGGGAACCAAAAAGCAGAGCAAAAAUGAUCAGACUCUAUGGCUGCGUGGUACAAGCGAGGUUCAUCAGGUCCCUGCAUGUAAGAUUAUGUAACAUUCACUACAAUUAUCUUUUUGAAAAAAGAAAAACAAUUGUGGAAACAAUUUAACAUACAUUUGUUUAUUGUAUGUGUUCCUUUUGGCAUUUAGAUUAUUGUUCCUGCCCGCUACUGUUUACAUUUUUUUGGCAGUGGCAGUACAUGUUCCUUCCAUUCUUUGAAUUACAUUUUGCAUCAAUUUGGACUAUUGUUAUUGCUGGGAUGCUGAGGGAUGUACCAUCUAUCAUAACUUGAAGAGGAAGAGCUGGAACUAGACUAUAACAAAUGGAUAUUUUUGGCAUAAGUGGCAUCUGUUGAUUUAGAAUACGGGAGUCAAAUCCCAGUUGUUUGAAUUUUUUAAUGGUUCCUGGAGGCCCAGUGUCCGGCCAGACCAGGUAAAAGGGCAAACCGUUACAAAACAGAUUGCCCCAUUACCCGCAAUCGGGACCAGAUACUCCUCACAUCAUAACCACUACAGCAGGCUGUAUUAAUUCUGAUGGCUAGAGUAACCCUGUAAGUAAAAAAAUAAAAUAAAAUAUGUAUGGUUUAAACCAUUUAGUGACCACACAAUUUUUCAAUUUUCUUACUGUUAAGGACCAAGGCUGUUUUUACAUUUCUGAUGUGUUUGAGUUUAGCUGUAAUUUUCUUCUUACUCAUUUACUGUACCCACACAUUAUAUAUUGUUUUUCUCACUAUUAAAUGGUCUUUCUAAAGAUACCAGUUUAUUCUUGAUUAUUUUAAUGAUAUACAAAAUGUAUAUUAUAUAUAGUAUACAUACGUGUGUAAUUUUACUCUAAGUGUAUUUUUAUAUUAAUAUAUAACAAAAUACACUUAGUAUUUUAUAUAUGAGAUAUAGUUGUGUGUAUAUAUGUAUGUAUAUACACUUUUUUUUGUAAAUGUAUUAAGCACUAUGGACACACAUUGCAGCCAUGUGACCACAAUUGGCUGCGGUCACAUAGCCCCUGGGGGUAUUUGCAGAGGGGGGACUGUCUGGCUAUUAGACUGACCCCCAGUGAAGCAGAAGACAAUGGUGGCGAUUGGGUUGGUGGAGAGAGAGAGGGUAGGGGUUAAUUUUUAUUUAAUUUAAAUUUUUUUUUUUUUUAUUCUUUUUAAUUUUAAGAGUGCCUCGAGGCAUACACGUAGAGCAUCGGAAGCCUGUCUGAUGGCUUCCAGUGCUCUGCACUACACUGCCAGGCUUUACGUGGGGAAACCCGAAAGUGAGGGGGGGCCCGGCAGUGAGGAGGGUUAUUGCAGGAUGCCUCAACGUCGAGGCAUCGCUACAAUAACCUUAGAAUCGUGAUCGCUUCCAGCGCUCUAAUUAGCCGCAGGCGUGCAGGGUACGUCCGUGAUCCUUAAGGACAGGUUUUUUUUUUUUUUUGUCGGAUGUACCCUGCUCGUUCGCAGUCACUAAGGGGUUAAUUUAACCCCUUCCCGACCCAGGACGGUUCAGGACCGUCAUCGGGAUUUCCCCAUUGCGGACCGAUGACGGUCCUGAACCGUCCUAACGGUUUCCGUUACUUACCUGAUCGCCGUCGUUCCCCCGGCGGCGAUCAGUGUUGCUCCGGUUGUGGGGAGACUGCCUGCAGCCCAGACAGUCUCCCCACACUGAAUUAGGACCCCUGUGGCCAUGUGAUCGCUUAAUACAGCGAUCACAUGGUCACAAUAGGUGUCCAUAGUGCUGCCUGCAGGGGGACUGCAUGUGCUGACAGGCAGUCUCCCUGCUAGUGUAAAAUCAGAAAAAUAAAAUAAUGUUAGUGUUAAUAAAAUAAAUAAAAAUAAUUAUAUAUGUGUAUAUAUGAUAUAUAGACAUAUAUUAUAUCUAUAUAAUAUGUCUAUAUAUCAUAUAAUGCCAUACUAAGUGUAUUUUUAUAUUAAUAUGUACUUAUAUUAAUAUAAAAAUACACUUCUAAUUAAAUUACACACGUGUGUGUAUAUAUAUAUAAUAUAUAUAACUAUAUAGAUUGUGUAUAUAUAUUAUAAAAUAUAAAUAAUAAGUAAUUUAAAUUAAAAAUUUUUUUAAAAUAAUAAAAAUUAAAAAAAAAUUAUAUAGCUAUAUGAAAUUUUAUUCUAACUGUAUUUUAAAAUUAAUAUAUAUAUAUUUAUAUCAAAAUACACUUAGAAUGAAUUUGUAUAUAUAUCUAUGUAUAUAAAAAUAAUAAGAAAUAUACAUAUGUCCAUAUACAAAAUUACAUAAAUAUAUAAAUAUACACGUAGACUUCAAAUAUAUAAAUAUGCAUAUAUAUUUAAACGUAUUUAUGUAAUAUUUUUACAUAAUUCAGUAAUUUUAUUGAUUGCAAUUUGAGGGACCUGCCUGCCAACCCAGGCCGAAAUUCCAGAGAAUUUAAUUUGCUAGCACUGUAUUUUACCCUGUAACGUUCUAACACCCUAAAACCUGUACAUGGGGGGUACUGUUUUACUGAGACUUCGCUGAACACAAAUAUUAGUGAUUCAAAACAGUAAAACAUAUCACAGCGAUGAUAUUGUCAGUGAAAAUGACUUUUUUUGCAUUUUUCACACACAAACAGCACUUUUACUAAUGAUAUAAUUGUUGUGAUACGUUUUCCAGUUUUUAAACACUAAUAUUUGUGUUCAGCGAUGUCUCCCGAGUAAAACAGUACCCCCCAUGUACAGGUUUUAUAGCAUUUUUGGUUACAAGGUCAAAUAUAUGGGUCAAAUAUUUUUACAUUGAAAAUGGCCAGGUUGGUUACGUUGCCUUUGAGAGCGUAUGGUAGCCCAGGAAUGAGAAUUACCCCCAUGAUGGCAUACCAUUUGCAAAAGAAGACAACCCAAGGUAUUGCAAAUGGGGUAUGUCCAGUCUUUUUUAGUAACCACUUGGUCACAAACACUGGCCAAAAUUACGUUCAAUUUAGUUUUUUUACUUUUUCACACACAAACAAAUAUGAAUGCUUACUUUGGCCAGUGUUUUCGACUAAGUGGCUACUAAAAAAGACUGGACAUACCCCAUAUUGAAUACCCUGGGUUGUCUACUUUAAAAAAAAUAUGUACAUGUGGGGUGUUAUUCAGAGAUUUAUGACAGAUAAUAGUGUUACAAUGUCACUAUUGAUAAAUUUUAAAAAUGUAUGUUUUGAAACCGCAAUAUCCUACUUGUACCUAUAGCCCUAUAACAUGCAAAAAAAAGCAAAAAAGAACGUAAACACUGGGUAUUUUUAAACUCAGGACAAAAUUUUGAAUCUAUUUAGCAGUUUUUUUCAUUCGCUUUUGUAGAUGAGUAAAAGAUUUUUCAAGUAAAAGUCAAAAAACAUGUAUUUUUUCAAUUUUUCAUCAGAUUUUUGUAUUUUUUUUAAAUUAAAAUACAUGAGAUUAUAUAAAUAAUGGUAUGUAAAGAAAGCCCCUUUUGUCCUGAAAAAAACAAUAUAUAAUUUGUAUGGGAACAGUAAAUGAGAAAGUGGAAAAUUACAGCCAAACACAAACACCACAAAAGUGUAAAAAUAUGCCUGGUCGCAAAUGUACAUCGCAAAAACAGUCCAGUCCUUAAGGGGUUAAAAAAGUUAUUUCAAAUAUGACAUUCUAAACUGCUGCUUUUUUCCUAUCCUAGUGCUUGCUUUGGCGUGAAGACACAGGUUGCCAGGCUCCUGCGGUGACACUCCGCAAUCACCAAGAUGACGUUUUCCUGCACGACUCCUGCUUGCAAUUGUUCCUGUGGCUACACCGAGAAACCAGUCUCUGUGGGUUUUCACUUUCCCCCUCUCUCCAAUGGGUGUCUAGUUUCUCCAUCUUCUUCCACAGCCUCCCGAAUCUCCUCUUUCCUCUAUAUUAGCUGAACAUUAUUUACAAUAAAUCGGACUUGACUGUGGCUUUUAAUCCCCCAGAGUGCUAGGUGUAUGCCCACAUGGGGCAUUUGAGGGGUCAAGCAUCUCCUUCCCGGGAAAUGGGAUAUCCUUUUGGGAUAUAGCUAGGGAUCUCAUGCUUUUGUUCCUGUUACGUAGUGUUAUGCCUUUCCCAUGGCCCAUGUUAAUGGAAGCUCCUCUCUUUCAAUCCAUUCACAUUGUACUGAACAAAAAUAAAUUUUGAAAACACUAGUUCUAUGUUGUGAUAAACACUGUUUUAAUCCUGGAAAAAGGCUGUAUUAAUAUUUCCAGAGUCCCUCAUCUGCUGGGAUUGUAUGCUUGCAGGACAUUCUAACACGUUCAAAGGAUCCAAAAUGCAAUUUCUAUAUAAAUGUAAUUGCAUUUUAUAUUUUUAUAUAGCUAUCCUAACUUUCCAACAAUGGACGUUUUAAUCCACCAGGGAAGGAAAGCAAUAUUUUCACUGCAUUAUUGUAAGUUUCACAUUCUUCACACUAAAAUGCCAUAUUAUAAAACUCUCUCUAUUAUUUUGACUCUCAACCUGCAAUUCCAUUGUCAAAUUUUUUUUUAUUGAAUUUCAGAUUGGUUAACUGUUGGCUAGUGAGAAAGCUGGAAACUACCUUUUCUCUUACAGAACGUUUUUGCCCACUUUGUGGAAAAUAAUUUUACAUAUCUUCAAAAUGAAAAUGCAUAGAAACUGCAAAACCUCUUUUUUUUUUUUUUUUUGUAUUGGGGCGGUUGCAGACUGGAACGUUUAGGUGAAGUUUUCAAUAACCUUUUUCUGUAUUGGUAAUCAGUGACCUUUUUCACCUGUUGGCUGAAAUUUUCAGCUGAUACACAUGUGCCAGGGAUGAUGUGAAUUGGUUAAUCUAGCACUCCAGAGGUAGUCUAACCUGGUGUUUUCUAUACUAAACUGAACAUUUUAGUUGAACCUGUUGCAGUAGUAUAUCCUUUUUUGAUUAAUAAUUUGUUUUAAUUUUUUGUCUUUCAACAAGUGUCUGAUGUUGAAAUGUGGACAAUAACUAUUAAUUAUAUUGGUUUUGCAUUUUUUAUGUAUACACAAAUUCUCUCUCAAGCAAUAAUAAAGUGCAAAGCUUGUAGACUUCCCCAGUCUUGAUAUUGAGUAUCUGUUAUAAUCAAAAACAAAAAAAAAAUCUGUAUUUUCUGUAAGUAUACACCAGUAUCUCUAGUCCCCUUCAAAGAUGUCCAGAUCAGAGCCAGUUUCAUAACUUUCAUUUAUCUCAGGGAUCCAAUCACUAGAAACAUUGUACAGCUACGGAAUUUGUUGGCGCUAUAUAAAUAAUAAAAUAACGUGAAUGACU